GUGUCAGACGGAGUGCUGGCACCAUACAACUCAAUACUACAAUUGCAAAACCUUGUAGAAUUUGUUGAUUAUGUGAAAUUUUAUGAUAAUGAAGCUGUGUAUAAUAUUUGUAGAAAUAAGAUUGAAUUAGAAAAAGCAAAUCUAGAAGAUGUGAAUAAGGUUAUUGCUCAGUCGCUAUGUGCUGAAACUUGCUCGUUCAGAUUUAAUGGGUUCGUCAAUAAUGAUAUGAGAAAGCUGGCAACUAACAUGAUACCAUUCCCUCGUAUUCACUUUUUAGUGUCUUCAAUGGCACCUCUUGGAAAACAAAUUAAGGGGAUGGAUAACACUGACAUUCAACUUACAGACAUUGUACGCCAAUUGUUGGUUCCUUCGCACUUUUUGGCCUCACUCAAUCCCAAAGAGGGACGAUAUUACACUUGUUCAGCCACCUUUAGAGGAGACUUUACUACCUCCAAUGCCGAAAACGAACUAUUUAGAACAUGUAUUUAUCAAAGCUCGUACUUUCAUGAAUGGAUUCCAAAUAACUUUCAAUCUUCCUAUUGCAAAGUUGCUCAACAAGGAUUCAAAAGAAGUGGCUCUCUCCUGGCUAGUUCAAGUGCUAUGAGUAACUACUUGAAAUUCACUUCAGAGGAGUUCUCAAAGUUGUUUAGAAGAAAAGCAUUUGUAAAUUGGUAUUUAGCUGAAGGAAUGGAUGAAAUGGAAUUUACAGAGGCAGAAUCGAAUGUGAACGAUGUUAUCAGUGAAUAUAUUCCUUAUUAUUCUUAUUACAAUGAUACAGAUGAAGAAGAGGGUCCUCAACCAGAUGAAAUGAGUUAUUAA